UCCCGCUCCCGGCCCGCCCGCCUGGAGGGGCGCGGGGAGCCGCAGCCGCGGGUGCGCCCGCCGCCCCUCACCGCACCUUGGGGACGUGCGCGUCGCCGACCGCCGCCGGAGCAGCUCCAACCAUGAUCAGUGCAUAAAUCUACCUUCAACGCAGGAUGCUGGAGAGGUACCAAGGGAGAGCAGCGUGUUCCUGGCUGCAUGGUGAGGAGGGAAGGAUGCACACACAGCUCCAACACCAGUGCUGACCGUCCUGCAGGACCCCCAAUGCUGUGCCCACUGUGCCCCGCAGCCCCCACAGACACCAACUAGCAGACCUUCAUGACUUCAGCAGGAGCCAGCAGCAACACACAGGCACAAAGGUGAACUGAGGAACCAAGCAAGGACAGCCAGCCCCACGGAGGCACGCAGAGAUGGGGACCAGCAUCACGAUGGGCAGCAGAAAGAGAACAAGGAGACAUACUAUAAAAAAUGAGAGGAAGGCUUGUCUCUGAGCCAAAGAUACUCCUCGGCACGGGCAUCCAAAUUCAUGACUCCCUCCCCGAGAUGCCAGAGACCUGGUGAUGCAGGACCAACCUCAGCCACUCAGGCCUUGAGAGCAGCCCCCGGCUGGUGGCUGCCGAGCCCCUUGGGCACCAAGGUCCACAUUCACCACGGACACUUCCCCCCGCAGCUCCAAGCCAUGAGGAGAAGAGAGAGAAGAACGAAGCUGCCGAAGGAGCUCUAACCCACGUCUUCCCGGCCCCUGCCUCUCCCCCUGCUUCCAGCAGACCAGAAACCCCUUCUCCAUGCCACCCUUCCAGAUGGCAGGUCGCCGGUGGGCUGCGACGUCAGCCUUCUGCAUGUGCGUGGCAGCCGUCUCUCUCCUGCACACUGGUGGGGUGCGGGCAGACUGCUGGCUCAUCGAGGGGGACAAGGGUUUUGUCUGGCUGGCCAUCUGCAGCCAAAACCAGCCCCCCUACGAGUCCAUCCCCCAGCAAAUCAACAGCACCAUCGUGGACUUGCGGCUGAAUGACAACAAGAUCAAGAGCGUGCAGUACGCCUCGCUCAGCCGCUUUGGCAACCUGACAUACCUCAACCUGACGAAGAACGAGAUCUCCUACAUCGAGGACGGUGCCUUUUCAGGACAGUUCAACCUCCAGGUGCUGCAGCUGGGUUACAACCGCCUGAGGAACCUCACCGAGGGCAUCCUCCGGGGCCUGGGGAAGUUGGAGUACCUCUAUCUCCAGGCCAACCUCAUCGAGUCUGUCACCCCCAAUGCCUUCUGGGAGUGUCCCAACAUAGUGAACAUUGACCUGUCCAUGAACAGGAUCCAGAGACUUGACAGCAACACUUUUAGGGGCUUAAACAAGCUCUCUGUCUGUGAACUCUACAGCAACCCCUUCUACUGCUCCUGCGAGCUCCUUGGCUUCCUGCAAUGGCUGGAGGCCUUCACCAACAUGACACGCACGUACGACCGGAUGCAGUGCGACUCCCCACCAGACUACACGGGCUACUACUUGUUAGGUCAAGGCCGGACUGGCUACCGCAAUGCUCUGAGCAUGCUCUCUUCCCUUUGCACCGGUGGUUCCUACACUGUGAUCCCUCGUUUUAUCCCUCCCCGCUACCAAGUGACCACAGUGCCCUCCGAAAGCCCGUGCUCUGAGGAGGAGUGCUCCUCUGGUGAUGGCACCACCCCACAGUUCUCCCUCUUCACGCCCAUCGGUGAGACAGAGGUGCGGCCAAACAUCCAGGUGAAGCACCUCAACCACAACUCGGCCGUCCUCACCGUGCAGAUCCCCUACCCCUUCAGCAAGAUGUAUAUCCUCUCCCAGUUUGAAAACGGCUUCUCCUCCAUGAUCACCAAGCUCAGGAAGAAGGAGGAGAACAUCACCGUGAGCAACCUAGUAGCACAAAGAGAUUACACCUACUGUGUGGUCUCCGUCCACCAAUACUCCAAGUACAACCACACCUGUGUCACCAUCACGCCCACCAGACCCAACCGCAAGGAGCCGGUGCCCACUCCUUCCACUGCCACUCAUUACAUCAUGACAAUCCUGGGCUGUCUCUUUGGCAUGGUGAUCGUCCUGGGCGUUGUCUAUUACUGUCUCCGAAAGAGACGCCAGCAGGAGGAGAAGCACAAAAAGGCUGCCAGCGGCAUGAAGAAGACCAUUAUUGAGCUGAAAUACGGGCCAGAAAUGGAGACCACCAGCAUCACCCAGCUGUCCCAGGGACAGAUGCUGGGUGGGGAGACUGUGACCCGCAUCCCCUACCUGCCUUCUGCUGGUGAGGUUGAGCAGUACAAGCUCAUUGACAGCAGUGAGACCCCCAAGGCCACCAAGGGCAACUACAUGGAGGUGAGGACGGGGGAGCAGCCUGAGAGGAGAGACUGCGAGCUGUCCCUGGCACCAGACACCCAGAGCUCCGUGGCUGAGAUCUCCACCAUUGCCAAGGAGGUGGACAAGGUGAACCAGAUAAUCAACAAUUGCAUCGAUGCCUUGAAAUCUGAGUCCACCUCCUUCCAAGGGGUGAAAUCGGGGGCAGUCUCCACAGUGGAGCCUCAGCUGGUGCUUUUAUCAGAGCAGAUCCCCAGCAAGCACGGAUUCCUCUCCCCCGUCUACAAGGAAAGCUACAACCACCCCCUCCAGCGACACCACAGCAUGGAGGCAGCCCCCAAACGCUCCAGCACUUCUUCCAGUGGCUCCAUACGGAGCCCCAGGUCGUACCGCUCCGAGGGAUCGGGCCACAAAUCAGAAGCCAAAUACAUCGAGAAGACGUCCCCCACCACCGACACCAUCCUCACUGUGACACCGGCUGCGGCCAUCCUGCGGGCAGAGGCGGAGAAGAUCCGGCAGUACAGCGAACACCGGCACUCGUACCCCGGCUCGCACCAAGGGGAGCAGCACGACAGCAUGGCGGGGCGAAAGCCUUCCAUCCUGGAGCCUCUGACCCGGCCUCGUCCCAGAGACCUGGCCUAUUCCCAGCUCUCGCCGCAAUACCACAACCUGAGCUACACCUCCAGCCCAGAGUACACCUGCAAACCAUCGCACAGCAUCUGGGAACGCUUCAAACUCAACCGCAAGCGGCACAAAGACGAGGAGGAAUAUAUGGCAGCCGGCCAUGCCCUGCGCAAAAAGGUCCAGUUUGCCAAAGACGAGGAUCUUCACGACAUCUUAGACUACUGGAAGGGCGUCUCCGCCCAGCAAAAGUCCUGAGUCCUCACACAACUCGUGACUUAAAGUAACUGGACCAAAAGAAAUCCGCAGCAGCUAUUUUUAUUCAGACUGUCUUUGAAACAAACAAAAAUAACGAUCAUAAAUCCAUAAAAAUAGAGAAUUAUGAAAAAUCUAUAAAUAUUCUAUAUAAUAUAUAAAGCGAGAUAUUCAAAUGCCCUCACGUUGGUGAGACACACACCAAAUUUGAACACAAACUUUACAAAACAAACUGUGGAGUGAAAAAAAAAAAAAAAGUUUUGUUUCAUUCUGAUUUUUAAAAAAAAGAAAAAAAGAAAAAAAAGAAAAAAAAAAAGAAAAAAAGAAAAAAUCAAAUAUGAAAAGAAAAAGAAGGAGCGGGCAGAGAGCGGAGGUCUGGAGUUCCCCAGUACUGCAUUGCAUGAGUCCCUAUUCCGUGAUUUUGUGGAUUCUUUGUGAACAGUUUGUGUUCUUUCUUCCUACCCUUCCAAAAAUCAACAGCAACAAAAACAGCAACAAAAACCAAAAAGAGACCAGAAGGAGAUCCGUCCUUUGGGCUGUUUUUGCAAACGGAGUCUUCCAGUUUAGACUUUCACCCGCUUGAAGGCCCGUUCACAUUUUCACUCACUGAGAGGUUUUACCACACAUUGCAUUGUAAACCGAAGUCGUUAAUUGUACAGAGAAAAUUUCUAUAUUUGCAAUGUUUGCUGUAUAAUGAGAAAGAGAGAGGAGAAAAAAAAAAACAAUACUACAUCUACUAAAAAAAAAAUAUAUAUAUCUAUAUUCACAUGUUUGUACCAGGUUUUAAUCAUGGAUUUUAGAGAAAGAGAUGGAGUUUGGAUUGAAGGACUUUUUUUGUUGGUUGGUUGGUGAUUGGUUCGUUGGUUGGUUGAUGGAGGAGAUAUUUGGGUGGGGGGAGGGAUUAUUUGGGUUUCUCUGUGGUUUUGGUUUCUCCCAACUACUGUCUGUGUCCAAGUUCUGAUCACUUUCAAUUGCAUGUACCCAAGAAAAGCAAACCAGCCGUGCCAUCCCAGGUGGGACACUGUCACCGCUGGGAAUGGUGGGAACAGGAAAGGGGAUGAGAAGGGAAAGGCUCUUUGUUGAGCAGGUGCCAACAAGACAUGGGGUUUCUCCUGAAAAUCAGAAGAUAUCAGUAAUCUUUUCUCACAGUAUAGGGAAGUGGUGCAGAAAUCCUCCUGCUGCUGUCCAGAGGAGGACAGCAUUGAGGAGUGGUUUUGCCAAUGGAGAAGAUGUGAAGCAUUUACAGAUUCUCCAGAUCGAAAACGACAACAGUGGGCCUGGGGGCCCUGCAUCGCUCUCUUGAGACUGCCAGCACCCAACGCACAGGGAUUUCCCCACAGAUAACCCCAACUUACAGCAGCAUUGGGCAGAGAGCACAGCACCUCCUGCCUGCAGCCCUGGCAUUGCCCACAGGCCAGCUGGGCUCCCACUGCUGUGAGUGGCUUUGGAGAUGGGCACCCUGGGGUCUCCAAGGCUGGAGAGAGGAGGACGGUGCUCCAGGUCCUGUGUCCACCCAAGCAGCUGCAUCCCCUUCAACCACUGCUGUACAAUGCCUGUCUGAGCCUCAACAGCAUUUUGCCCCAUCUCUAAAAUGCACAUUGACAAUGCCCUACUCACUCGGUGUGGUGGAAGGAGGGAGGCAUUCACACCAUGAUGCAGAGGGACACUGCUUUGCCCUGAAUGGCUCCAGCUGCGUGGCAAAACCCCAUGCCUCAUCCCACAGCUGAUGCAGAGAGGGGCCAGAUUAGGACCAGGGAGCACUUUGCUCCCCCCAGUGAGCGCAUGGGAUCCCAGCAAAGAAGCCCAGCAAGGUGACAAACAUCCCAAACACAGCCCUUCAGAGCUCUGCUGCUUCCUGGGGCCUUUCCAUUGCAUCCUGCUCACAAGUCUCUUUGGAUGGAAUUCCUUAGUCCUGACAAACGAGCACUAGGGCCCAGCAGCAAACUACAUCCCAUCCUGUUAUUUCAAUAUUUCAAAGUGAUUUUGACAGGUAUUCUUGCAAAAGGUUAUGUUUGUUCAGAAAUGAGCUGAGCUGGGAAGACACGGAGCAGGCUGGGAAGCGCGCGAGUUCGUUCCCCAUGGUUAUUUGUGUAGACAACAACCCAUUAGCCGGGUUUCAUAAUAAAAAGCAGGCAAUUUCUCCAGGAAUACAUUCACUCUGACACAUUUCUCCUCCUCCUCCAGGUGCAUGACAUCCUCCCCACAGCGUGCAGUCUGUGAGCAGGAUGUGGAAAGGAGCUGAGCAUCACCCCUCCAUUGUCCCAUGAUGCCACAAGUCAGUCCCCAAAUCCCAGCUGUGCCAAAGCAAAACCUGCAGCCUCAAACAGCUUCCUUUGGAAGCCCUCAGUGCCUCCUGGAGGAGCAGGAGGUCGGCAAGAAAGGGUCCUGUACACAGUGGCAGGGUUCCCUGUACCCAGGGGAGUCAUUUUGCCCCUCUCUGCCUCUAUUUUCUCCUCUGCUCACUUUCUUGUGGUGCUGAGGGCACAGGCUGGUGGGGGAGGCUCAAUUAAUUAAUUGCCUGUCUGUGAAGCCUGUUUAGCUCCUAGAAUAAAAGCUGUUAUAGGAAAGCAAAGUUGUUAAUGGCAUAAAACAGCAGGGGCAGAUGAAAUCAAAGCCCAAUUCUGUUUUCACACCAGGAUUUCUCUGGUCACAAACCAACAGAGACCGAUGCGGGAUAUGUGAUACAGCAGCACCGGCCUUUCAAAAUUAAACACUUCCCAGAUGCAAACUGCAGCUAGAGAAAAAGAGGAUUAGAAAAUAUCCACGUUAUUCUGGCUCUGAGGGGAAGUACCUCCAUAUGCAGAGCCCUCUGCAGUGGAGUAUGCCGUGGAGCUUAGGGGGCCCCUCAAGUGAGGGAUGCAGUGGCCAUGCUGCAGAGCACACUCCAGUCUUAUGCCUCCAUGACACAGUACAGCCUUGGCAGCCCCAGUCUGCAUCCCUCAGAGGCCGAGGGAUGAACUGAAAUAAGCCAGGCAAGAAAUGAGAAGCAGUCCAACUACACCCAAAGCCACUGUCCUAUGCAGGAACUGACUUGGGUUCUGCAGGAUGGGGCCUGGGAAGCUCUGUUUAUGGCAUUCCUCAUUCCCCAGAGGCAUAUACUUUACAGAUUGCUCUGAAAGCACAGGGAAAAUGUCACCACCUGCAGAUGUUGGGUGCUUUUCUUGUUUUGCCUUCUGUUCAACCGCUGUAGCUCUCCAGCUGCUUCUACAGAUGACGCCCUGCUUGGCCAAGGCACUGCCCCAGUGCCAUCCAAAGAAACUGGAGGGCUCCUCGCCAAGCAGAAAGGAGAAGCACAAUGUCAGAGUGCAGAGGAAGGGAGGCCAAGGGAAAGCCUUCUCUGUCCUUGGGGGAGCAGAGAGCUGGCAGCCGGCACAGAACACGAUCACACUGCUGGUGACAGCACCAAGGGCACAAAGGUCUCCAUCCCAACCUCUGUCAGCCUGGGCUCUGCCAAGGCAGAGAGCAAAGGGAAGGGACAGAAAGGGAGGCAGAGGGCUGACGGACAGCGAGAGGCGAUCCAGGCAGGAGCAGCUAUGCAGGUGGCAGCCCUGGAGAGGCCAACCAUGGCAUGGAGCAGAGCUGCAUGGAGAGGGGUUUUGUGAGAGCAAGCUGUUGCUUCCCUGCGGCGAUGAGACAGAGAAAAGGAGCCGAGAGAUCUGUUGCCUCUUCUGUUCUGAGUCACUCCUAGAAAUCUCCUCUCUGGCCAGAGCUCACAGUUCCACCACCACUUCCCAGGGUUUCUGCUUCCCCAAAGCUCUUCUGGUGCCCACACGUCCCUGCUCUCUGCUCCUUGCUGUCACACUUCAGUUCCCAUCCUAUUGCCUCCUCUCAGCCCACCCUAUACCUACAGCCAUCAUAUGGAACUCCCUCUCCACAAGGGCUUUGCUGCUCCCUGUAGGACAAUGCUGACAGCCCCAGGGCCAUAAACAAAUGUACGCUGCAGAUGCCUUUUCCAUGUCCACAAAAUUGUUGUGAAUGGGUCCUGUCUAGAGAUAAAAGUGUUCCUUAUGGGAGCUGGCACUGCUGCCAGCCAAUGCCCCAAGGCCCAGAAGGCAGUAAAGCUGCCUUCACCUUGGCUUGAAGCACUUGGGCUUUACUUGGAUUAACUCAUGUCCCUCUUUUUCACGUCUCCUUUGUAUCAUUGUGCUCUUGGCCAGACCACUACCAGAAGGUUGGUAGGAGUUACCCAGAUGUUACCUUGAGAGCUUUGCAGCAGCCACACGGUGUCCUCCAUGGGUUCAUCAGAAAGCAGGAGACCCUCAGCCCUGCAUAGAGCCUGGUUCACUGACCCCUGGGCACUGCAAAUGUAGAGCUUCAUCACACCAGUGAUUUUAUCAGGAAUUGAAUUCAUUCACUGCAAAUAAGUCCAGGAAAAGCAGCCGCGCUCAUUCCCACUUCUCACCAGCACUUAACAAAGCGGAACUGUCUGAUCCAGAGUCCAGUUUUCUGGACACAGUUUCCUCUGUGCAAGAAGGAGACACAGAAGUAUUGGAAUGGGCAUUUUCACCACCAAGUAGGAUGCCAGUUUUCUCUUGUUUUCUACCCUUAGUUUUGGCACGAAUCAGACAGCAAAGAGCCCAUUUCCCACCCUCUGCA